CACAAGUACACUCAAGGAAGCCCAAACCCUAUAUAAGGAGGCCUAACCCUCCAAACUAGAGAUCCUCUUCUCCCCUCACACACUUUCCACUUAUGGUUCUCUCUCUAAACUCUCUCUCUUUAGCUUCACCUACUACUAUUUCCUACAUCGUACUAACUUGGGUGUCGGAGCGUAGAUCCCGGGGGCCGCCCCCCGCCUCACAGGUUCUUCCACUCCCGAGGAGAUCAGACGAGGGAGUUCAUAUAGGAGCCCCAUAAUGAUUAUGUUAGCCUUGGGACUUUCCGGGUGCAAACAAUUUGGCACCCACCGUGGGGCUCUGAUUUGGAGAUCCAUAUUUUGGUUUCUAAAGGAGGGAAGAAAUGGUCUUCCUCUACCAAUUACAAACGACCGCAGUAACGGCCAAACCGGCAGGAGCAAAAGAAUUGGUCGCACUUUCUUCCCAGACCACUUGACUAUCUUCUUCAUCCCUCGGGUUAAUAGGACCAAGCUCCAGAUCUGGUCGACAACUUGCCCAAAAUAGCCGUAGAUCCGUCAUGAUCUGGUCAUCAUCCAGCUUCUCAUCACUGCGAGCGCUGACAUCUCCUCUGACCACUACCGCCCCAAGCGAAAGUCGUAUGUUGCAGGAAACUCACAUCGCCAACUAAUCCAACCUACAAAACAAAGAAGCUCAAAUAAAGACGUUGAUUCCCCGUGGACAACCGCGAAUCAAAUGAAACUAGCUACCCAAAAGAACAUACGGGUGGGAGCUAUAGCAAAAUCUCCAGAUCCGAUUGCUAGAGGUGAAUUCCGGCCGCCGGCAACGGAGCUCAGGCGAGUAGUCAACAUCAACGCUAUGACAGGUUGUUUUCACGUCCCUUUCUCCUUCUCUUACCCACAAAGUAGACUAUAUUGUUACAGUGGGUGUCACUUCAAUGCCAUUUUCUCUUUAUAUCAGGAAAAUCAAACGGGAGAGUACCGAGGCAGCAGAGUUAUUGGGGAAGCGCCUCAAAAUAGAAGACGUAAAGCGCAUGCCGAAUGGGAAGAACGCCUUCAAAGAAUGAUGGUCUGCACUUGUUGGAAAAGGAUUUGGGUUGACAAAAUGACAGAAGAAAAUGCAAAGAGCACAAUCUGGAUUCCAACGCAAUCACCAUCUGGACCGCUCGUGGAUCAAAAUCGGCAAGGCUGGCCUCCGCCCACUCGCAACGAGGUUUGCCCUCAAUUGGAACGCCUUUAAAGUUUGGCCCGCCAAGACUGCAAGCCCAACUCCACUCCCAACCAGUCCGACAUUUGGCGGCCCGCAUUCCAAGCCCCUCUUGCACGCGGUCCCACUAAAGCCCAAGUCAAGAUCCGCCUUCAGCUCGUGGCCUGUCCCGCGUUCGGCCCGCUUCGCGAAUCCUCAAGCUUCUGCAAUGCAAGGAAAUGAAAAACGUCUACUGUGAGAUUCGAACCUGCGCAAUGAUAUGAACUACAAACACACCGACCAAUUGGCUACACGCACAACUGAUGACUAUUAUCUGCAACAAAACAUAUUAAACCGCUUCCCAUCUCCAUCUCUUCAACGGUGCCCACCCGACAUCGUUGCUCGAAGCAAACACACUUUCAAAGUUCACAACAUUUCCCACCAACAAACAGAGAGCGGUCCGCCCCGAAAGAAGCCCAAGAACGCCUCAGUACCACAUCUAGCACAGCCCACCUCCAGUCCAAUCCAGCCUGCUCAACCGCCUUAGGUUAUUAACACUAAAGCCCGGUCAAGAUUUGGCAUGCACGAAGCCCAAGAACGUGUCAGUACCACAUUCAGCGUGGCCGACCUCCAGUCCAAUCCGGCCCGCCACAUCAUUCCGCAAAGCCUUGGCCAGCCUCGUAUUUGGUCUCCCAAGGCGAUCCCGCCUCGCGUCGAAUGGGCCGCUUCCAAUUCUUCAACAUGGACCGCCUCCAUUCAGCACGCUUCAAACUUGCCCGGCCCGCUCCGCAUCCAUUGAGGUUUAGCAGCCCUUAAAUUAAAAACGCCUCCGUUGGGUCUCGGACGGGCAACCAGAAUCGAACAAACAAAGGAAUCUGCCAGUGAGCAGUGAGCUAAUGCAUCUUUGUGCAACCUUCUUUCAAUACACAAAUUUUGAGCAC